AUGUGGCGUCUGUUCUCUCGGUCGACUCCUGAUGCCCUGGCGGGCAAGUCUGAGCCUCAGAAAAACCUGCCUGCAAGUUGGUACAGAUCCGAUGCAUUGUAUGAGCUCGAACGGCGAGCGAUCUUCCAAAGAAGCUGGAUCAUCCUCACCCACUCUCUGAGAUUUGCUAAAGCUGGGGAUUACAUGUCUUUCACUGUCUCUGGUAUCUCAUUCUUCUUGAUUCAGGACCGCGAAGGCAACAUCAAUGGCUUUCACAACGUAUGCAGACAUCGGGCAUACCCUGUUGUUCAGUCACAAUGUGGCACUGCCAGUAUUCUCAGCUGCAGAUAUCAUGGCUGGUCUUACUCUGCCAAAGGCCAGUUGACCAAGGCUCCGAGGUUCGAUACUGUCGAUGGCUUUGACAAGAACGAGCACGGAUUACUGCCCAUAAACGUUCAUGUGGAUAAGGCCGGCUUCAUUUGGGUGAACUUGCAAGCCGGCGAGCCCGACAUCAAGUGGGACGACAAAUUCAAAGGCAUUGACGAAUCCCCGAGAAUGACAAUGUUCGACUUCGCCAAAGAAUUCAAAUUUGACCACUACUGGGAGAUGGACGUCAAGGCAAACUGGAAGUCGCUGAUUGAUAACUACAACGAAUGUUAUCACUGUGCGACAUCACAUCCGCUCAUUGCUGGAGUCUCAGAUCUGACCAAGUAUCGAGUCGACCCCACUAAUGGAUACAUGGAGCACAAUAUCUUCAACAAAACACAGACGGACGGUCAAUUCAGGAGAAAUAUCACAUUCUUCUACCCUACGACGAGUGUGACGGUGACGGACAACUUCUUCUACAUCCAACGGAUGUUCCCAAUCACAGCCACAACCAGUAAGAUCGAGUAUGAAGUAUUUCGCCAUACGAAUGCUGGCGAUGAAGAAUUCAGAGCUAUCAACGACUUCUACGUGCAAGUACUCAACGAGGACAAGGAACUAUGCGAAGCGGCCCAAGGAAAUCUAAGCGCCGGUGUGUUCGUGAACGGUGAACUUCAUCCAGAGAAAGAAAAGGGUCCUCUAUACUUCCAGAAAGAUGUGCGAGAAAUGGUUAUGGAGCAUCGCAAGAAGGAAGAAGAGCAAGGUGGUGAGGAGAUAUGGCCUGCUGUGCCGAAAACCUCGAGCAGUGCCAGACAGAAGGAAGAAGAGGACUUUGUGUCCAAACUGGAUGAAGCUGCGGGCUGCAUGCCUUCCAGAGUAGACUUGACUUGGUAA